GCACAGCAUAACGCGCUAAGCGACCGUCAAAAGUUUUACAAUAGUCUGUGAGCUCGGAAGCUCGUUACAGGAAGGGCAGGCUACCACAUAUACGUACUUUUCAUAUAAACAUUCUGUUUUAUAUAGUCAACCUCGAAUGUCACAGUUUCCGUUGAAAUUCAAUUGAUUUGACUGUGAAAUAUAUCGAUAAAGUAAACCGCGUAUUUCAUCAAAUUUUGUAUUUUUUUGUUGAAAUAUAAUAUCUAUGUUGAACGUAUUUAGUUAACGAAAAUCACGUUGAUAUCAACACUGAUAAUAUCAAUGUAGGAACAAUCAAUUCACGUUUUCCUAUGCGACUUGCGGUAACUGAUCAUUUCCGUUAAACCCAAUAAUUUGAGGAAAAUUUUGUUUCCGUUGUGGUUUGAGCCGGUGAAUUAGAUCGUCAUUGUGAUUCGAGUUGUGUCAUCAAAAUGAGAAUGUCACGGACUAGUAACAGUGUCACGAUAGUUUGCAUAGUGAGUCAGUUGUUUUUUUGUGUUCUGGUGAUGUUGUGUUUGUGAAAAAAGUGCUCUAAUUUUCAUUUAGUGAGAAUUUGCGUACGAUGCUGCUAUGGAUUACAGACAGUUUCCCUGUGUUCAUUUGAAUUCUUAAACAAUAUUGAUUAAUUAUUUUUGUCAAUCAGUUCAUGAAACAAUUUACAAUCACCUUAUAAGUGAAGCUACUGGGGUGUAUAAGUGACUUAUGUCUAUUGGUGACAUAACACAUGACAGACAUUGGAUACGAGACACCGUAAUCAUUAGAAAUUACUAAUAUAGAUGAAUUCAUUCAAUACUUGCAACUUACUAAUUUUAAGUGGGUGAUUCAUUACAAAAUUAAUAACGUUAACAAAGUUAUAGUUUGGUCAAAACUAAAUUCAAGAACAUCAUUUUUUUAAUCCGUGAAUUAAUUAUCUUCAAGGAAUUAUUUAAAGAUAAUACAAAAUCAAUAGAUUAUGAUCUAUAGAAAUAAUCAUCAAUAGGAGAGAACAUUACAGACCAUCCAAUUUGAAAUCGUAGUAAAUUUAUAGAUAAACUCAAUCAAAACUUCUGUACUCCAAUCACUGUGUUAUCAUUGCUUAAAAUAGUACGAAUUGAUAACAGUGAAAGGACUCAACAAAUAAAGCUGUUUAACUGAGGAACUAGGACUCUUUUAAUGAUCAAAUGAAUACUUGCCGAAUACUUGAAUUCCAGCUAUUCAAAUCUAUGAUCAGUUCGAGAGCAAGUUUCCUUCCAAUAGACUCUCUGUGAAACAUCAAGUGCGAUAAUUUAUUGCCAUUUUUCAGGAGUAAUUUGCACAAACUAACUUCAAACUCUUUCAAAUUCGAGUGCAAGUCAAUUGUGAGAAUAGGGAAGACAGAACUUUCAAGUCUUUUAUGAAGUUCUUGUACAAUUUUCACAAGUUCAUUGUGUAAAUCAAGUGGGCUAAAACUCUAGACUCCUUUAUUAAAUUCUAAGUGCAAUCCUAAAGCACAAUUCCAUUGCACAAAAAUCUCAAGUUAAUUGUGAAAAUUAGGGAAGAAAGAAUUUUCAACUCUCUUAUCAAGUUCUUGUGCAAUUUUCAUAAGUUCUUUGUACAAAGUCAAGUGGGCUACAACUUUCAACUUCUUUAUUUUUGUGCAAGUAACUCCGUGCAAUUUGAAACAAGUCCAUAGCACGAAAAUUAAGAAAAAGAAAUUAAGACAAACAUUGAAUUUCCUCACAACGUCCUAGUAAAAUUUCGAUCUCUACCAAGUUUAAGUAGUAUACAGUUUUAUUAGAGACAAGAAAAAGGAAUUAAGAUAAACAUUGAACUUCCUCACAACGUCCUAGUGAAAUUUCGAUCUCUACCAAGUUUAAGGACAAUAUUUUAAUUGCAAAAUGGAACUGACACCCUCGUGGACCUCGUCCUACGUACUGGGCAACGACACGUCGGGUGACGGGGGUGAUGAGGGCUGGGGGCAGCGCUACUUCUACACGUACUUCACGGAGCGCGGCAACCGACCAAUCACAGCUCGAGUUGAGUGCGGCAUCCUCCUCAUCAUCUUCAUGCUAUCGGUUGUCGCCAACCUCAGCAUAGCGGGUGCUGUCCUCAGGUACAAGGAGAUGCGCACGGUGACCAACUGCUUUCUGCUGAACUUGGCGGUGGCAGACCUGUUGUUCGCGGCUGGGACUCCACUAGUGGCCCUUGCGAGGCUGACACCCGUCUGGCAGUUCGGAUCGGUCACCUGUCGGCUGCUGCCUUAUUCACAGUUUGUGUGUGGCUUCGUGCUGCUGUGGACGCUGACGCUGAUCAGCAUGGACCGUCACCGCUGCCUGGCCAUCCCCCCCUACCGGUCCGAGCUGACGCCCCGCCGCGCCCUCCUCCUCACCGCCGCCACCUGGCUCAUAGCCGCCAUUUUGUUUCUGCCGGUGGCCGCCUGGUUCCGCUACUACCCGGACACACGCGUCUGCACGCUCGUGUUUCCGCCCAACGACCACGUCAACCUGUCGCUGUUCUUUGUGGUGCCAGUCACGUGUCUGUCAUGUCUGCUGCCGAUGUCGCUGCUCGCCUUCCACUAUCAGCGCAUAUUCCACAAACUGGUGAAGACGCGCAGUCGGUGGAUGGUCGGCGGACAGUGUGCAGAGCCCAGGGAACAGAGGAAGAUAUCGAUACAGCAGAUUGUGAAUGGGGGCGCCGGCGUGAGAGCCGGUUCGCUCACGCAUCAUGAGGAGUCGCGACUGAACAAGCACAUUAGAGUGGCUCGUAUCAUCCUGCUGAACGUGUUGGUGGUGCUGAUCAUGUGGCUGCCCAUCACCGUUGUCAUGUUCCUAAUCUAUGUCGAUGGCAGUCGACCAACGGCUGAUACUAACUUCUUCCUCAGGUCGCACCACUUCCUGUGGGCGUUGUUGAUUGCACUGCUGAACACAGUCGUCAACCCGCUGCUGUACGGCUUCCUGUCUGAAAACUUCCGUGCGUACCUGGCGCGCAUGUGGCUCGGUGCGAAACACGGGCCGCGUGAUGAUUGUGCGUCACGCGCCGCGUCUAUCGGCAACAAAACGCAACUGAGUAUGGGCGACCUGUUGAGCACCAGGCAGAGCAUGCAUUCGUUGAAUCUGGUGUGCGGCAGGGUUGCGUGAAACCAAUGUACAUAGAAUACACUGUAUUUAGAUAUGUAAUACAAUGUAUUCUACAUACCUUGCGUGAAACCGUAGAAGAUGGAAAGUAUUACUUACUUGACUUGAUUAAUCAGUUGACUGAUAGAUUGAAUCUGUUAAGAAGCUGCCGGAGUCAGCUCUGGCAGUCCAUCCCAUUAGCCAGGGAAGGGCUAGAAACAGUACAGUUUGAGAAGCGAGAGCGCUAAGAGAGAGAGAGAGAGUGAGUAAGUUAAUAGGAGUGCAAAUACAAAGGCAUCAAACAUCCCCACAAGUUUGCAGAUGCCCGUAACCAAUUGACUGUUGAAAAGUCAUUCUAGUCUAGAACUAGCAACAAGCAGAGAGAACUUAAUACUUCUAUUCUUUUAGAUAUUCAUUUGUCUCUGCAAAAAGCAACCAACAAGUCUAGAGCUGAAGCUGAAAUCACAGGCAAGCACAUCGAAAACAAGAUGACUACCAAAAGUUUCAUUGUUUUGUUAUAUCGCUUGUAUUUUGAUAAGCAUUCAAGAUAUAUUACUGUACCGGUUUUUGCUCAAGCAUAUUUGAAAAUAAUUGUUCAUAAGCGCAGUUUACCCCUAAAACGCAAAUUUUAUUCAGUUAUUACGUUGUAAAAGAUAGAACAAAUUUUUCAAACAUCUUAUUUUUUCAUGAAAAAUAUUAUUUUUAAGAUUUUCAUCAUGGAUAUAUUCAAUAGCGUUGAUAAUCAUUUAAAGUUAUAAAAAUUUAUAACGUCAUUGUUCCUUGCUCCGUGGUGAAAUAGUUGACACCAACGUUUUAAGUAAUUGAUCUCGGUAAAGAGUUGACUAUCAAAAAUAGUAUCUAGGAACUAGACCUAAAUACUAUAGUGAGGUCCACGUUAAAAUGCUAGUGAAGAACAGCGUUGACGAUACUCUGCCUUGCCACUGCAUUCUAUAGAAGGUAGCUGAUACCUGUAUAAUAUCUGAUGUAAUAUUUACUGUUCAUUCCAGUUAAAAAUGAUGAAUUAUAUUUUAUUCGUCAAGAGAAUAUAUUUUUCAAUGAUUUAAUAAUACGGUAAAUAUUCAUAAAUUAGAUUAAAACAUUUUGCUAAUUAAUUAUAUUAUUCUACAUUGUUAAAAACGAUCUGGCAAUAUUGCAAAGCUAGAAAAGUAUAGCACUAUCUGCUUUGUCAAAUGAUAGACUAGGAUAGGAAGAUCAAUGUUAAUAAAAUACUGUCAUUAUAACGUUGACCUCACUAUAGGUUAUAAGCUAACAUUCUACCUAACGUUCGGUUAUGAGCUAUGUUUAAAUACUUUUGAUUAAUAAUUGAUAGAUAAAUUGGUGAAGUGGUCAAAAGUUGACACGUUUCAAGUGUUUUGAUCUCGGUUAACAGUUAAUCAAAAUUAAUACCUAGGAACUAUAGUGAGAUUCACGUUAUUAACUCAUUGGAAAUGAUAGGGCGGCAUAGUUGACUUUUCUCCCUCCACCGCCUCCUAUAGUAGAUAGCUGUAAUUCAAGUCAUCCCGGUAUAUCUGAUCUAAUUUUUAAUUUUUGAUUUCCUGUACUUGAAAAUGUGGGUUUCUUGAAGAGCUCUUGUCCAAAAAUAAGAGCAACCCCCUAGAACUGAGUUCGAAUAUGCGAUUUAUAGUUAAGAGGUACUUGAUGUCGUAUUUCAAGAUCUCAUUUGAAAUUCAUUUCUGGAUGGUGAAAGUAUAGAUUUAAAGAUAUAAGGUUUUUCAUAAUAUUGAAAAUUUAAACGUUUGAAAGGAUAGGAUUUAUAGUUUUUACAAGUGAGAUACUAACAUUGAACGUUUCUAAAUGUGGAACUAUAAUCUUGGUACAUAUAUACUCAAGAUUUCAACAUCAAGAACUUGAUUAAAAAAGAUCUUUAAAAAUGUUUUCUUUUACACUUUAUGUAAUAUCUAACAUAUUGCAUAAAUUAUUGACACGAUUUUAUGUUGAGAGGGAACUUUCUAAUGACAUUCAACUCAAAAUGAUUGGCGUCUACUUUGAUAUAAGAUGACAUAAAUUCUGAAUAACAUAAAUGAUCUCAAUAUUAUCUUCCGAUUCAGUUAUAAAUAUUAUUUUUUAGCUCUAUUCAACCGAUAUUAUGUUUAGUUGAUAAGAGAAAGAAAACCUGUAGUUUCUAAUGUAUUCAAGGGUAACCCAGCAAUAAGAUUUUAUAUUUCCACUUUCAACUGAACUGAUAUGUUUUACAUCAUACUGAUGACUAUUUCUAUUGUAUUAUACCAAAUCAAGUGAGUUGAGGCGAAUCUUCAAGAUAUAAUUUGAACUCUCACAAAAUUUACUUUCACUAUACUGGAACAACGAUUGUGUUCAACGACUUAGUUCAAUGAUUGUGUAAACUAUCCUUGGAAAAUAAUUCACAACUGGCUUUAAGAUGAUAUAAUAAACUGACACCAAGUCACAGCGUAGAUUAGAGUAGAAGAAGUUAUCUGAAAAUGUAAAAAAUAUAUUAUUUUUUAUAAUAUUACAAAUAGAUUAUUUACAUAAAAUUAAUUUUGCACAGAUUUUUAUAUGAUUGAUUCAGAUAAAUUGUAUGGGUGGGAGUGAUCUGAAAAGUAGAAAUGUAUAUUAUUUGUGAUAUUAUUAUCAUUAGAUAUUCGUACCAAAAAGAAAUUAAUUUUGUACAGAUUUUCAUUUUUAUGUGAUUCUUAGAGGCUAAAAACUUUAUGAAAUUAUUGAACUCAUAGAUUAAAUCAGAUUUAUCACUAA